AUGGUCACCGCGUCGCUGGCCCUGUCUACGCCCACCGCGUACGUCCCGCAAGGCCUGGACCCGUCCACUAACAAGGAACUGUCGACGAUAUGGUCCCAAGUGCAAGCUCGCGUGGUGGCACUGGCUGGCGGGGAUUCUGGACGCAUUAAACCGCUCGGGAUAGACGGCGUCCUGGCGCAGUUGGACCACGCGCAGAAAGGCGAGAAGUCCUCGCCUGCGAAGGAGACGGUGCGGAAGACGUUUGAGCGCACUUUGGCUCUGGUGCAGACGGUCGGGGGGAUUGCGGCGGGUGCGGCAUCUUCGGUAUUCGGUCCGUCCGAACUAUGUUUCAACGCGCUCAGUUUCGUCAUCGACGCCUGGCAAGGGUACCGUGGGAUUUAUGACGAGCUGGCAGGUUUGCUAGAGAAAUGUACUGAUUAUCUGAGCCGAUUGCAGUACCAUGUGCAGGCCGGCAUGGACGCGAACCUGAGCAAGGUCGCCUGCCAGCAUUUGCUUUUGUUCGUGGAGAUCUGUGAUCGCACGGUCAAGUUGCGAUCGAAGCGUAUGAAGCUGCUGGCGGUUUCAAAAAUGUUCUUUUUCAGAGAGGAUAGCGUCACCGAUCUAUUGGAUAAGAUGGCCAAUCUAGUCGAUAAGGAGGGCCGCUUGGUUGCGGCGCAGACCUUCUCGCUGGCCUCAGCGGCGGCGUCCAGUUCAAAGGCCAAUCUAGCCUUAACGCAGGGUCUAGUGGACUCAGUUGGGGAGUACCAGGCAGAGCUGAGGAAGGAGAAGAAUCAGGUCUACCGAACACAGACGAUCUUGCGGUCGCUGGCCUUUGAUGAGAGUAAGUUGACUGCCGAUCGGUCGGAGCCCGAGCCGUUCUGGCAGACCAUCUAUCGAAACUAUCUGGGCGAAAGAAUUCCGGGGACCGGGGAGUGGGUUUUCGAUCACCCCUCCUUUACUACUUGGGAGCACGGCCGGUCUGAAUCCCCUAUUCUGGCCAUCGAUGGUGGUGAGGGGUCAGGGAAGAGCUUCCUCGCGUCGACAAUCAUCAGCCAUCUUCGACAGCAGAAGGUGGAAGAAGGGACCAGCACACGCAUUGCCUCGGCGUUUUACUUCCUAGAGGGCGAGUCUCGAGAAGAGCUCAAGAGCGCGACGAACCUGGAAAAUGUGGCCAAAUCGCUUGUGUGGCAGUUCAGCCAGGCUGAGCGACAGUAUCUGAAGUCGGCGGCAUCGAUCUGCGAGACACAUGGCGAGAUAGAUCCGGCGCAUAUAUCCAGGCACUUGCUCUUUGGGAACCAAGACCUCGCCAAAAUGGAAAUCACCCUGUUCAUCGUCAUUGACGGUCUUGGUGAUACCGUUGGAGAGGGCAUGAUUCGCUUCCUGCAGCGAGCCUGCACGGCACCACCUGGUCAGGAUAUCAGAGUCCUUCUCACCGGUGAUUCUAGAUGCUUCCAACAGCUGGCCAAUGUGGACAGCAUUGCCUUCGAUACGAUCGCUAUUAGCCAGAACAAUCAAUCCGACGUGGAAAUAUACAUUGAGCGACAGAUGGAUCGAAUGCCCGCCGUGGCCGACCGAUCGCGGUUCGGUAUCCUGGAGCUGCGCGCGCGCAUCCGUAACAGGCUCUGCGAGCAAACGAAAGGCGACUUCUUCAAGAUCGACACCACGCUAGCACACAUCGGCAAACUCGAAUAUCUCACCGACAUCGAGCAAGCGCUGGACAACGCCAGCAAAGAGCGAUCCCAACAAAUUAUCGAAGAAAUCGAGUCCUUGAACGAAAUCCGGUCCGAAAAGGAGAUCGCCGAAAUCAACGAGAUUAUCCUUUGGGUUGUGUUUUGUCGAGAUCUUCUCUCGCCCAAGGAGAUGGCAGCGGCGUUAUAUCUUAAGAGCGGGGAGCGGUCUCUUCUUCCACUGGAACAGAAAUUCAAGAUGAAGUAUCCCCUGUUCGAAAUCAACAAUAACGGAAGGGUUGACUUUCGGUCUUCUGAGAUCGAGAACUUUAUUCCCGUGAGGAGUUAUUCGCACGCAGCAGAAGAGCAAUACGACGCAAAGGCUACUCACCCGGCAGAAGUGGCGAUGGUUAAACAUUUCCUCAUGACGGUCUGUCCGCCAGACGUCUACGCCAAAUUCAACUUCGACGACUAUCUCGCCCAGAAGUCCUCCCGCAAGACUAGCUCCGUCUAUAAGGAUGACCCUCAUACGGGCGAGACGAAUAUGGCUUUGGCCUGCCUGGAGAUCCUCACUCAGGAGCUCGAUAAGAAGCGCACCCGUCUGCUGCCAUAUGCUCGGAAAUACUUGCUGAAGCAUCUGGCAGCUGUCGAUCUUGCUCUUGCGGAUAUAACCUGCAAGAGUGGUGUCGGGAGUCGCCUUGUGCAUCUUUUCACUGACGACGCUUCUCUCGAUACAUUGCUCGAUGGUGAUGAGUCCACGAGCUCGCCUACCGUCCACCGUAAAGUGCGCGGGGCCUGGUUGUAUGACGGUAGCAGCGUGAGCGUCAUUGUGCGAUGGCUGAGCGAUUCGGCCGUCAUCUCUGGAGCCUCUGAGGUGCAGCGUCAAUGGGUUGAUGUUUUGCUAAAGGGUGAUAAAGAUCUCUUAGAACCGGCUGCCAAGCGCAUGGCCGUUCACUUCGUCCAGGAACCACACUUCAAACCCUUCACUAAGGAUUCGUUCCUGUUCUUGCUGGGAUAUGUCAACAAGAUCCAGUCUAAGCAAAACAGUCAACGAGGCCCUCCACAGGAGCCGGUCACUCCAACCCUCGAGCAAAUUGAGGAAGUCGAACAAUGGUGCGAGGUCGCCCUGCACGCCCAAGAGAAGAACUCCCUCUGGCAUGUGCAGAUCGGAAUCCUACUGGCUCAGUUUGGCUACACUGAGCGGGCGGAAUCACGAGCCCGACAAGCUCUUGACCUCGACCCGCGAGACUGGCGCGCCUCAAAUCUCCUCGCCGACGUGGUCUCUCCCGAGGAAGGUAUCGCCAUCCUAAAGCCCGUCGCCGAGCGCCUCCAAAAAGACAUCCACUGGCUUGAAAACCCUGCCCACAAACUGGACCUCUCAAAACUGCUCUUCAGUCUCGGCACGGCCUACUGGAGCAGCAGCCAGCACGACAUGAGCGUUUCAGUCUUCCGCAAAGCAAUGGAAAUCGACCACACCGACUACGGCCGCGUCUUCCAGGUCCUGUCCCUCUACGCCGAGCAAGACCGCUGGUCCGACAUCACGGAUUCCCUAGAAACCAUCCAGUCUUCACCCGGCUCGCUCUAUCUCUCAGAUGUCCUCAUCGGACUGGCCCCAUACACCCGCUUCCAUCAAGUCAUCCUCCAAGCGGCCCUUCACACCAACCAUUUCCCUCUUCUCGAAACAUCCUACGAACGCUCGAUCACCCUCCUCCUCGACCGCGAAAACCACCGCGCUCUCGCCUUCAUCCGCUAUCACUACGGCAACGCCAUGUACGCCCUGCGCGAUCGCGAAUCCAAGGCCCUCGCUCAAUGGGAACUAGCCCUACAGCAAAAUGUCCCGCACUGCAGUAACCCGACUGCGCCAUUAGCUCUGCUGAUCAGCAAACUCGGGCCGGUGUAUCUUCACUACGCCCGUUCCUCAGGACCAGACCUGACGGCCGCAUCCAGCUACCUAGAUAAACUCGCCUCGUUAAUCCCUGACCUCCCCACCUCCUCUGCAUCUUCCUCUGGCCAAUACGUUAUCUUCCCUCCUCAGCUCUACCUCGCCAGAUACUACCAUACCCAAGGCGACCACGCCAAAGCCCGCUCCUUCGCCAAAGACCUCGUCAAACAAGCCCUCGAUGUGCUAUCCGACGACGACGAAGAUAACGAUCUUUUCGCGUACAUCUCCCUCCUUUGCGUCUUUAUUCCGCUCGAAGACGACGCCAACGCUCUCGCUGCGCUGUCCCUGCUGGCGCGAAUUGAAGGCCCGAACGGGAAAGUCCACUGCGAUGGCGACUGCGCGGGUAGCUGGCCUUAUGAUCGCGAGAUGUUCUGGUGCAGGGACUGCAUUGCCUUGACCUUAGAGAGGGGGUGCUUUGAAAAAGUAAAGGGCGAUAAGGGGUUGUUAUUUUCGGUCUGUGAAAAGAACCAUGAGUUCUGGGUUGUUCCGGAGAGAGAAGAUCCUCUUGCGCCUGGGGAGGUUCGCGUUGGUGAGGACAGGGUGGUUUCGUUUGGGGAGUGGGUUGAGGGGAUUAGGAGUGUUUAUUUGGCUUGA